GUGUAGUUAUGGGAAGCAAAUGCGCCAUCCAUUUGGCCCAGAAAUCAGAGCUCAUGGAAAUGGAAAAAUCUCGUCAUCAUGAAGAGAGGAGAAAAUGAUCAAGAGUUCUGUAUGAAGCAUCAUACAAAAGGGGUUGCUUCACCUUUAAAGCCGCUUAUGGAGAAGGAGAAUUCUCAUGAUCAUCCUGACGAAGGAAAAACUGAUCAGAGUUAUGUAUGAAGCAUCGUACAAAGGCCGUGUUCCAACUUUGAAGUCGCUCAUGGAAAUGGAAAAUUCUCAUCAUCAUGAAGAAGAGAAAAUGAUCAGAGUUAUGUAUGAAGCAUCAUACAAAGGGUGUGUUCCAACUUUGGGGACACUGAUUCAGCAAGACCCUCUAAUUCUCCACAGAAUUAACUCGCGAACUACUUUCAUUGACACGCCUUUGCACAUAUCAGCCUCACUUGGCCAUCUUGAAUUCACCAAAGCCCUUCUUGCCCACAAACCUAAACUUGCUCUUGAGCUAGACUCGUUUCGAAGCACAGCCCUCCACAUAGCUUCAGCAGAAGGCCACACCCACAUCGUGAAGGAACUUUUGGCUGCUUCCGGGGAAGCAUGUUUGGUUUUUGAUCAAGAAGGUAGAAUUCCAUUGCACGUAGCAGUAAUGAGAGGCAGACUAGAGGUUGUGACAGAGCUUAUUAGGGAAAAUCCUGAGUCCAUGAGGAUCCUUCACAAGGGAGAAAGUGUUCUGCACUUAUGUGUCACUUAUAACCACUUGGAGAUCCUCAAAACUUUGGUGGAUUCAAGUUAUGAGAUUUGUGAUGAGAUACUCAAUUGGAGAGACUUGGAUGGAAGUAAUACCAUUCUCCACUUAUCUAUCAUGUUGAAGCAAGUGAGGUAGUUUUCUAUUUUUCCCCUUUCUUUUGGUCGUGUAAUUACUUCUGCACUACUAGCUAACUAGAUCAGUUUCAGAUCUAACCAAACUCGAAGAAAGUUCAGUUCUUCAUUGAUCUCAAUCCUUCCUCAGCUAAAAAACAGUAGAGCAUAUCUAAAUUUCUAAAUUAUUCUAUAAUCCUUUAUUAGUUUCAAUAUUUUUCUUACAACAUGACAUAUACUUGUUUAUUGGUGGUCAGACUGUAAGGUACCUGGUGUCAAUUCCUAAUAUACGACAGGCAUCGAACUUGAAGAAUGAGAUGGGUUUUAUAGCCACUGACAUUGUUGAUCGAAUUCCAAAGGACUUGAAGAGUCUCGAAAUACAAGUCAUACUGAUGAAAAAUGGUUUCAAAAGUGAAAAGAAAGAAAUAGACAUAACACCACAAGCACCAAGAACUAGUGAUGCUGUUGAGGAAGCAGCGAAGCCUCGUCUGAAGAAGUGUUGGAGAUAUAUAGUGAAGCGAAUGGGAAAAUGGUUCAAGCAUAAUGGAGAAUGGUUAGAAGAGAUGAGAGGGAAUCUGAGUCUGGCGGCAACAGUCAUCUCAACGAUAACCUUUCAAUCUGUGAUCAACCCUCCAGGCAGCUUCAUCCAACAAGGCAUAUCUAUCUCGAACAACACUUCACCCUUAGAUUGCUUGGAGAUGGAGGGUGGUCGUGCAUGUCCUGGCCAAGCCAUGCUUGCUUCUACGCUCCCAGAUGAGUUUCGCUACUUCAUAAUCAACAACACGGUUGCUUUCAUGGCGUCUCUUGGAGCGACCCUGUUGCUUAUAAGUGGACUUCCUCUGAAGAACAAGGUCGUGAUGUGGGUGUUAUCUAUAGGGAUGUGUAUCACUCUCACAGCACUGGCACGGACCUACUUUAGUGCCUUCGUCAUGAUAACGCCGGACCAACUCUAUGCUUCAAUUGGUAGAAUAUUCAGCAUAGCCGAUUGGACUUGGCUGGGACUGUUUCUACUAGUUGCCGGAUACAUCUUAUUGGCGUUUCUCAUAUGGCUAGCCAAGAAAUGCAUCUGGAUAAUUAAGCAUAUUUGGAUGCUCAUGUGUGGGAGGAACAGAUCGUAUGGAAAUGGUUGCUGCUGUAUAUAAGAUGAAAUUGAACUAUAUAUGCAUGAGACUUAUUUACUGUUUUUUUUUUUUUUUAUUUUCCCCUGUCUUGUUGAUUGAUAACAACACUUGGUAGUGGAUCCAGACUUGAGAAAUAUUUUAAGAGUGUAUCAUCUUUGUCCUA